CUUUUUUUUUUUAAAGCUUAUUAAUGCAAGUGGGCUUCAGAAUUCGGAUAUAUAUGCAAGUAAUGAAAUUCCAUGUAACAGGUAAUAUGAUCAAGUUCAGGCCAGGUGAUUUGACACAGAUCAAGUCCAAUAUGCCACUCAAAAUGCUCAUAACUAACACCAAAGUUGGGAGGAAUACAAAGGCAUUAGUUGCUGGUGUUUCAGAGAGGACUCUCAGGCAUCCAAAAGCUAUGGCAGCUGUAUUUACUGCUGUUGAUUCUAGUAGCAAUGAACUGGCUACUAUUAUCCAGUCUCAUGUUCUUGAUGACCUUGCUAUAACUGAGAAGGAAGAGAAAUUAGAAGAAUUAAUGGAAAUGAACCAAGGGUUGCUUCAAUGUAUGGGGGUUAGCCAUUCUUCAAUAGAAACUGUGCUUCGAACAACGUUGAAGUACAAAUUAGUUACCAAGCUGACAGGAGCUAGUGGUGGAGGUUGUGUUUUGACAUUAUUACCGACCCGUAUCCAUUUCAUUAUUCUGAUUUUUAACUCUUCAAUUGUUGAUCUUUGUGGCAUAAGUCCAAAUUGA